UUCCCUCCCGUCUUCACCAUCAACCCAGCAUAAAGAGCUGCACGCUUCUACGAUAUGUGUGUGUAGCACAGCGUGAUUAAAGUCAUACAGCAAUUAUAAAAACUGUUGUAUAUCUGGCCCACUGCGCUGCCUCCACGUCCGUUUGGCUAAACAGACGUUUGUGUUCCCAGCACCGGGUCCUUCUGGGGGAGAAAACGCGCAUACUUGGGCACCAGUGCGGGAAAAAAGAAGAGAGGUGGACAGCAGGACUGAGCUAAAUCGGGCGUGGUAGCUUGAAAAAACUCAUCUUUGUUUGCGAAAACUUCAGAAAGAAGCACCAUAAUGUCUCUGUCGGUACCGCAGAACGGAGUAAAGUCGGACGAUGAGCCCGUUAUCGAGCUCUUUGUGAAGGCAGGAAGUGAUGGCGAGAGCAUCGGUAACUGCCCCUUCUCCCAGAGGCUCUUCAUGAUCCUGUGGCUUAAAGGAGUCGUCUUCAAUGUCACCACAGUGGACCUCAAGAGGAAGCCAGCCGACCUCCAGAACCUGGCCCCUGGCACACACCCACCCUUCAUCACCUUCAACGGCGAGGUCAAAACUGACGUCAACAAGAUCGAGGAGUUCCUUGAGGAUGUCCUCUCCCCACCCAAGUACAUUAAGCUUGGUGCCAGACACCCCGAGUCAAACACAGCUGGGAUGGACAUCUUCGCCAAGUUUUCAGCCUUCAUUAAGAACUCCAAACCAGAUGCAAAUGAGGGUCUGGAGCGCGGCCUCCUGAAGACGCUUCAGAAGCUGGACGAGUAUCUUCGCUCGCCGCUGCCCGACGAGAUCGACCACAACAGCAUCGAGGACAUCAAGGUCUCCAGCCGCAAGUUCCUGGACGGGGAUGAAAUGACCCUGGCUGACUGCAACCUGCUGCCAAAGCUGCAUAUAGUCAAGGUGGUGGCCAAGAAGUACAGAGGCUUUGAAAUCCCCAAAGAGAUGACCUGCAUCUGGAAGUACCUGAACAUCGCCUACACAUGCGAAGAGUUCACCAACACCUGCCCCAGCGACAAAGAGAUCGAGAUAGCCUACGGAGACGUAGCCAAGAGGCUGGUCAAAUAAGCUCCUGCGUCCAUCCAUCCAUCCGUCACCCCUUAACCUCCCCUUCUCUCUCACACCCCUCCACCCCGGGACUGAUGUGCUCAUUCACGAGAAAGAAAAAACUUUGGACUUCUUUUUCUUCUCUCAAAAGCGAAGCCCAAUGCAUGAACCGUUCUUUUUUUUUUUCCUCUCCGAUUUUUACGAAGACCUACUUUUUAGUUGAUUCAGCAAAAGGCCACGGUUGUUCCAUCCUUAAUUUACUUUUGUUUUUCAACUGCUGAUGAAUGUUGCUCGGCGACUUGAGAAGCAGCCAGACCUGUGUAUCAGCGCUUAUCAACAUGUCCCUGAUAAGUGACCUUCAAGCUGACCUUCCCUCUGGUGCAGGGAGUAGGUCUCAAGCUGUUGUUAAUUUCCUGUUGUCUGUUUAAUAUUGAAAUAGCUCUUUCUAGGAUUGCUUUAAGAUGAACACUGAGAAGCAGUUUUUUCCCCUUUCUUUUGGCUUAUUAAGAAGCAUUGUAAACAGUGUUGAAGCUUCAGUGUUUUUUUUUUUUACUCAAGUAGAAGCAAAUCCAAACCGGAGUGGUUGACAUAUCAAGUGAGACGCUUUAUUUUAAUGUUGAUCGGCUUUAAAUAAAUCAAAGAUAAUUGCAGGUAAAGCUACCUGGUAUCCAUGCUCUGAUUUCUUCAUUUCCUCAAAUUGGCAGAAGUCUUGUAGCUCAGCUCUGGUGAAUUGGAGGGAAUAUCCUGUACCUGCUGCAGGAAUCGAGAUAACUCUAACCUGAGGUGAAGAAAUAAUCAACCACAUGUAGCUUAUAGAUAUCUAAGGUGUAGAUGUCCAGACAUAGCAAAGCUCUUUGACUCCUAUUCUCUUGCGAAGCAAAGAAGUUAUGACUGUAGCUGUAAUUUGAAUUACACACGGAGGAGCAAAAAGGGCACAUUAUACUGGUCUCACUGUGGAUGCAAUGACUCUGGCUAUGUUAAAAAAGAAACCACACACCUGCUGUUUCCUUCUUCAUAGCAUAAAGAAUGAAGGACACUAAUGUGCAGUCAGUAAAAGGCGACACAAAACAUAUUUAAGUCAAACGAGGAGUGUAGCAAUGAAACAAAUACCUUUCUCCAUGUGUGUAGAUCUCUGUGGUAGUGAAUGUAUGCUAUGAUACAGUAGCUCCGAAAGUGCUUUAAUGCAGAUAAAGCAAAAACAUGUUUUGUUUUCUCUCAUUUGCCAUGUUUUUUCAUACAUUUGUUAUUAAACAAAUUUGAUUUAAAAAAAGAAUUGUAAAUAUUUGUUUUGGUCGCUCGCAAUUCAAUGUGUACAUUUUAUACAUUGCAUCUGAAUUUUGAAGGGAACAAGCUAAUUUCUUGCUUACUUGGAUUUUAAUUCAAAUCAUCUCCUCUUUGCCUUACCUGUUUUUCUCUCUGCAGAGACCAUUUCUUUACAACAUGAUGUGGUAGAAUAUUGACAGAAUUGAAAUAAACUUAUUGGCACUCUGA